CAGCUCCAAGCUACGAGCUAGCUCGCUAUAAAAUCUGUACUGCCUCGUCUCCCACUCACCACCUCGCCGGCAAGAACAGCCAAGGAGCCAGAGAGCAGAGCGAGCCAUGGAGCAGAGCAAGCCGUCCGUCUUCCUCGGCCUCCUCGUGCUCCUGGCCUGCGCCGGGUCGGGGCACGGCAUGCGCCUCCUCCACGACAUCGACGACAACGUCGGCGACGAGGAGUACGCCCGGGAGUUCGCGUUCGGCUCCAUGGCGGCCGCGGAGACCGAGACCGCGCCGCAGGGCGCGUCCUUGGACGACUACGAGGACGAGAUCAGCCGGGUGGAGUUCGAGCCGGGGCGCGGCGCGUCCUACGACGCCACGGUCGCCGCAGCCGCGCCCGGGCCUGCCCCGGGGCCAGCGACGGCGGGGAGCGACGCGGCCGCCGCAAGGACAGGCGCCAGCAGCAUGAAGUGGUGGCUGCCGCCGUCCACGAUGCCGUCCUUCCCGCUGUUCCCGAACCCCGGCGGCAUGCCCGGGAUGCCGAUUCCUGCCAUGCCCGUGCCUUUGCCCGCCCUCCCCGGGAUGCCCGCCAUGCCCAUGCCGGGGGGCAUGCCACUCCCUAUGCCAGGAGGCAUCCCGGGCGGCGGCAUGCCUAUGCCUAUGCCAGGAGGCAUCCCAGGGGGCGGCAUGCCGUUCAACUUCAAGCCGGAGGGAUGGGGCGGGGGCGCCGGCGCGGUGCCAUCGCCGCCCAGCCGUGCGCAGCCGACGCCUCCUGCCGCCAGCGCGAGCGACGGCGCCACCGACAGCAGCGGCGACAACCCCAACCCCAACGGGGCCAUCCACUGACAAGCAAGGAAGGAGAAACAGUGGCAUCAAUUACCUGACCUAGGUGCCACGGCCUAGAGUAUAAGCCCAGAAUCUUUUUACUAGUAGUAGUUGUUACUAGCACCAGCACUGCUGCACUGCCAUUGCUCUAAAAAUUGCUCCAAACAGAAGCAGCAAAAUUCCAAAUGAUGAACAAUUAUUUCUA